AUGGCCUCAGCUGAUUCCUUCGGCUUCUUGCCCCUUGGAGCGAUCAUCCAAGGCUUUCAAAUCAAUGGCAAGAACAUAGUCCAGAGCUUCUCAACCCCGGACCUCUACAAGGAAUAUAAUAGCCCAUUCUUUGGUGAGACCAUCGGCCGCAUUGCGAAUCGGGUUUCAGGCGCGAAGAUCAACAGCCUCAACGGGAAAUCGUAUCAGUUGGCAGCUAAUAAUGGCCCCAACUCAUUGCAUGGGGGUAAUGUUGGAUGGGGCAAACGAGAAUUUGAUGGUCCAAAGCGGGUAACGCGGCAUGGAAAAGACGCUGUCCUCUUCACGCUGACAAGCCCUGAUGGUGAGGAAGGGUAUCCUGGGACUCUCGAGGUUAGAGUGUGGUACACACAGGGGAAAGAGCAAGACAAAGGAAUAGAGAAAGCUGUCCUGGAGAUUGAAUACGAAGCAGAAUUGGUGGGAGACAGCGCGAACGAGACAGUAGUGGCCAUGACGAAUCACAGCUACUUCAACCUCACCCAAGGGGCUUCCAUAGCAGGUACGCAGGUCACGCUUUCCACGAGCAAGCACCAAGUCCUAGACUCGACCGGGAUCCCUACUGGCCCAAUUGAGGACUACCCAGGAGUCACGGCUAGCAAACCCUUCACCCUUGGCGCAGACAAACCGGAUAUCGAUGACUGCUUCAUCGUGAACGCCGAGGCUUCUAGCAUCCCUGUUGACACACGAGGUCUUCCGAUUAAGAAAUUGGCCGAGUUCUAUCAUCCCGAUUCUAAGCUGCAUCUGGAAGUCUCAAGCACUGAACCGGCAUUCCAAUUCUACACAGGCAAAUACAUAGAUGUCCCGGCUCUUGAAGGAGACCCAGCACGGGGUGCCCGAUCGGGCUUCUGCGUUGAGCCGAGCCGGUAUGUCGAUGCAGUCAACAUACCCGAAUACCAGGGGAUGGUGCUGCUCAAAAAGGGGGAGAAAUACGGGAGCAAGAUUGUGUAUAGAGGCUGGGAAGGCUAG